AUAUAUAUUUUUUUUUUCUCUCAAAAUAUAUAAUUUCAAGAAUAUCAUAUAUAGUAGUAAAUCUCAGUGUCUACUCAAAAUUUUGAAAAAGCCAAAGUCUUUGGAGAUUUUUCAGCAAGAACAAGAAACACCCUUUGAGUAUUCAUAGCUAAAAAGUUUUUGGAAGGAUUGAAAAGAGACAAAAGAUGAGGAAUUCUGUCUCUGAGCAUAGUUUUUACAUAGAAAGUGAUGAAGAGGAUGAUCAUCAGGAGAAGCAUUUGGAUAAAUCUGAAAAUGGAGAUGGAAAUGAGUCUGAUUCUUCAAAUUACUCUAAUGAUGAUGAUGAUGAUAAUCAUAAUGAUCGGCUCGAGAGCAAGCCUAGCUCUUAUAACCCUGCUUGGCCUCAGAGUUAUAGGCAAUCUAUGGACAUAUACAGUAGUGUUCCCUCACCAAGUCUUACCUUCCUUGGAACACCUUCGUUAACACGUUUAGGCAGCUCAUUUCUUGCCUCAUCACUCACAAGGAGACACACUCCUGAAGUGUUACCCUCUCUUCAUAAGCCUCUCAUAUCACAAGCAGAAGAGGAUCAACCACCACAGCGGCGUAGCUCUCAUACUUUACUGCCUCCUCUUCCAUCAAGGAGAUCUGCCAUUAAGAAAUUUCCUGAUGAGAAAUCGGUGGCACAUGAAUUACCAGUUUCCCGUCAAAGUUCCUAUGGCCAAGGCGUCCUAAACGGUAUUAAUGUUCUUUGUGGAGUAGGAAUCCUUUCUACACCUUAUGCUGUGAAAGAAGGUGGAUGGGCAGGGCUUUCUAUAUUGUUCAUCUUCGGUGUGCUUUCGUACUAUACUGGCAUUCUCCUGAGAUACUGCUUAGACAGCCAACCAGGGCUUGAAACUUACCCGGAUAUUGGUCAGGCUGCAUUUGGUACAGUUGGAAGAAUUAUCAUAUCAAUAAUUUUGUACGUGGAGUUAUAUUCCUGUUGUGUUGAAUACAUAAUUUUGGAGGGAGAUAACCUAUCGGCUUUAUUUCCAAAUGCACAUUUGAAUUUAGGAGGCUGCCAAUUAGAUGCAAGGCAUCUCUUUGCUUUGGUAACCACCUUAGCUGUUCUUCCUACCGUUUGGCUGCGAGACCUCACUGUUCUUAGUUACAUAUCAGCUGGAGGAGUUAUUGCUUCUGUGAUGGUUGUCAUUUGCUUGUACUGGCUUGGUUUAGUCGAUCACGUGGGCACUCAAAGCACAGAAACUGUUCUGAAUCUUUCUAGUCUUCCUGUUGCUAUUGGACUUUAUGGAUAUUGUUACUCCGGGCAUGCAGUGUUUCCCAAUAUAUACACAUCACUGGAGAAACGUAGCCAAUUCCCUGCUGUCCUCUUUACCAGUUUCGCUAUUGUGACUGUGUUGUAUGCCGGAGCAGCUGUGAUGGGAUACAUGAUGUUUGGGGACUCAGCUCAAUCCCAGUUCACUCUAAACUUACCAACAGAUUUAGUUGCCUCCAAGAUUGCUUUUUGGACCACGAUCGUUAAUCCAUUCACAAAAUAUGCAUUGACCAUGGCCCCUGUGGCUAUGAGUUUAGAGGAGUUGAUACCAUCGAACCACACCAAAUCGCACAUGUACAGUAUCCUCAUUAGAACAGCACUGGUUAUGUCCACAUUAUUCGUGGCUCUCAAAAUUCCAUUUUUCGCAUUUGUGAUGGCGUUGAUCGGAUCAUUUUUCACCAUGCUCGUUACACUGAUUCUACCUUGUGCUUGCUUCUUGAGAAUUUUGAAGGGAAAAAUAAGCCCCAUUCAGGUAGUAACAUGUAUACUUAUCAUCAUAAUAGGCAGCAUAUCAGCAGUUAUUGGAUCUUACUCAGCUCUCUCCAAAAUCAUCCACAGUUUAUGAGUGAAGAAAAUUGGCAAUAUAAACACAAUGGCCAUUAUAGAUGUUUUCAAGUCUUAGAUUUAACAAAAUUUCAUUUUCUGUGUGUUGUACUAUUAAUCUCAGGCUUGUGAUUUUAAUGCAAUCAUCUUUUUGUCUUUUAGAGAAGAAACUUUUAUGUCAUAUUGAUUGCAUGUUACUCAA